CAGUCAGCUCCGUACAGCCAACCCGCCCAGUUAAACAGCUCGUCGCCAAAUACCGUUGUACAAACGGAUUUAUCGCACCCAACAUGUAACCUCCGGUCGCACAAACAUGGUGCUAAUUAUUAUAUAUGCGCAGGUGUUAUUGAUGUGCGCACGCGGCGCCGAACCGAAAAUCGUGUACUCCAGACCGCUGCGCAACGACACUGAAAUGACGGUGCAACCGACCGAGGCGGACGACGACGAGACGACCGGAACCAAUACGACGACGGAAGUGCUGGCCACCUUAGCGUCAACCGGCCACCGGUACGCGGACAGCAGCAAAAGCAUGUCGUCCAGGAACAACCACUAUUACGGCGUGCAGUAUUACGUGCCGCCCGUCGUACACGGCACCGCGGUCGCUGACGCCUUCGGCCGCCAACUGCACGUGCAGCAACAGCACCACCUGCAACGCCACGCGAUGCAGCAACCGGCCGUGACCGCUGCGGCGUACCAUCAGCGCGACGGUAACCGCACGCCGUGGGAACAGACGGCCACCGUGGUGCACGCCGACGGCGGACCGAUACUUAUGAACCCAUUGCAGCUGCAGCCGGUCUACGACGACUCGUCUACGGCCCAGUACACGCCACCCAAACCGCACAGGACCCAGCCCGUGGCCAGAAUCAUCAAGUACACAGAACCCGCGUCUGCUGCCGUGGCGUACCAGCUCCCGUACCUGGCGGCCGAGGCGGACGACCGGACACUACUGGACAACCUUCCGGCGCUCCAGUUUGCGCUCCACCACGCCACCGGUAAGACGCCGCCUCCGCCGUUAGUCUCGACGUCCGGUCACCAGCAGUACGCGGCUCUCCAGCAACCGCCAAACCUCCAUCACCACCUCCGUCAUCAUCCGGUCAAACAGACGCCCGCCACCGCCAUGCACCAGGUCUACCCGCAGCACAAGCCGUACGCGCACCUGCAUCGCAACCAUCAGAGGGUACUUCAGCUGCAUCCCGGUCACCAGGGUCACCUGCCGCACCGGUACGCCUCUUACGGCGCCGCGCAACCGGCCACCCGGUACACCCAAGUGCCGUUCGUAUACAACCUGCCAGCACCGCCGACCGCACAGCGACACCUGUUGGCGCCGGCCGAGUACGACCUGGUGUCUCGGUUUAACAGACUGAUCAAGCAGCGCGAGCAAGAUGAUCGGCAACGCGUCCAGGAGUCGGCCCGACGCCGGCGGCCGGAGGACGUUGACGGUGUCAGCGGUGACGCCAGUGUUGGCAGCGAUAGCGACGAUGGCGAGGAAGAGGAGACGGCCACCCGACCGGCGGUCAAGGUGAAAAAGUCCAAAAAGAAAAAGAAGAAAAAGAAGAAGAAACCGGCGGCCACCGCACCGCCGGCCCCCGUCGAAGAAGAAAUCGACGAAGAGGACGGUGACAGACAGUUGUCGCCGUCACGACGUCACAAGCAACUUGUGCAACAGGACGACGAACAGCCCAACACCGAGGAACAGGAAUCGCAAAACGUGCACACUAGCGAACAGCUGCCUGAAGGUACAAUCGUUCAGGAAACUGAAGACGAACUACAACACACGUUGGAUGGACCGUCUCAGCUCAGCGAACAGUUCGGUGGUGACUUAACAUUCGAAGAUGGUGGCGGCGAACGAGUAGAAUUCCAGUUACACGGCAUCGGCGGUCCUGAUUCGUACAAAUUUGGAUUCGAUACCGGAAAAGGGUCCAACAGACAAUUCAGGUACGAGGAAAGAGACAACGGAGGAAACGUCCACGGCCAUUAUGGAUACUUGGAUAAUGACGGGAAGAUGCAAGUGUACAACUACAGUGCACAUCCAGAACUAGGAUAUCGCGCGCAAAAGGCUGAAACCCUUGAGGUGUGAAAGCAGUUGAACAUGAUGUGAUGUAAUUAUUAUAACAUAAUAAUAUAACUGUUUAUAAAUUGUUAAUAAAUUAAUUGUAAGUAUCAUAGUAC